AUGGCUUUCCAAAUUGGGGUUUUGUUGGCAACGCUGCUCGUUGGGAGCUUAGCGCUUCCUACACCCAAGGAUGACUUCUCCAGCUUUUUCAUCCAUACGGACCCCAACGCCCGCAUCGUGGGUGGAAGCCCAGCCGCCGAAGACAGUGUGCCCUACAUGGUGGCCAUGUCCAGUGGACGGACUGUGAAAAGUUUCAUAUGCGGGGGUUCCCUGAUCAGCACAAGACAUGUUCUAACUGCCGCUCAUUGUAUCGGAGCUGUAUAUUCUUUAGGUUCCCUCAGCAGUUCGCUUCGGGUAACAGUUGGCACCAACCGCUGGAAUAAGGGGGGCGCAUCCUAUAGCGUUUCCCGUAACAUAACCCACCCCAACUACUUGGUGUCCACUAUCAAGAAUGACGUCGGGGUGCUGGUCGUCUCCUCCGACGUGGCACUUUCAAACACUGUGCAACCUGUGCCUUUGAGCUCCGAUUAUAUUGGUGAAGGUGUUUCAGCUAAAGCCGCUGGAUGGGGAAGAGUAAGACAAAAUGGAGCUCUCUCGUCCGUUUUACUAGAGCUGUUCGUUACGACAAUUAGCGGGCAGCGUUGCCAGGAAGACGUGGCACGCCGUGGUUCGGAGCUGAACAUGCGGGUGCCUCCGGUGGAGCCUCACAUCGAACUAUGCGUGUUCCACUCAGCUGGACACGGCAUGUGCAAUGGUGACAGUGGUAGUGCACUGGUGCAUGCAGACAACGGUCAGCAGAUUGGUAUAGUGUCGUGGGGAUUACCAUGCGCCCGUGGAGCCCCCGACAUGUUCGUACGUGUCAGCGCUUACAGGGACUGGAUCAUGCAAGCUAUUUCAUAA